AUGCAGUCACUCGCCCAAGAAAUUAAAUCAUUCUCCAAAACCAAUCUGCGAAAGCAAUGCACUCGGGUGACAACUCUGAGCGGGAGGCGGAUUAUUGAAACAUGGAAAGGCUCCACUGUCCAUGUUGUUGAAGACACAGUCCAACCUGAGACGCCAUGUGGAUACAUUCAGGAUAAUACAUGGGAUCUCCAAGUGGGAUGUGUUAGAUCUUAUCUAUUACUGGGUUCACAGGAUGCCGCUCAUGACUUUGGCACUUUAAAGAAACACAAGGUCACUCACAUACUGAAUGUGGCGUAUGGCGUGGAAAACGCUUUCCCGGAUCUCUUCAUCUAUAAAACCCUAAGCAUACUGGAUCUGCCUGAUACUGACAUCAUAUCACACCUACAUGAGUGUGCACAGUUCAUAGACCAGGCCAAGGCAGAGCAAGGUGUAGUGCUCGUCCACUGUAACACUGGUGUGUCUCGGUCAGUCUCCGUGGUCAUCGGAUACCUGAUGUGGAGAGAAGGCCAGUCAUUUGAGGAUGCAUUUUCUCAGGUGAAGUCAUCAAGGCCAGCGUCAUGUCCAAAUCCGGGUUUCAUUGACCAGCUGAAAAACUUCAAACCUCAAUGUGGUGUACAAGCGAAUGGUCUGAUUGGUCAUUCAUAA